AUAACGCGUCGCGCGUGUGAAACAUUGCGGUCACUGACUCAUGUUUCUUUUCUUUAGUUCGACUUUUCUUAUUUUAAACUUCAAAAUGUGUUUUUGUUUUUAUUAAUAUUAGACCAAUGCAUUCAGAAAUCUUUUACGGUAGUGAAGCGUACUGUGUUGUAAUUUGAAAGCGAGUGAAACUGCAGCGAACAGUUGCACUGCACCUGCUCUGUUUUUUUUAUUACAGACGGAAAUACACAACAAGCUCUACCAUGGCAGAAAAAAAGAUCCAAGAGAAUCCCCUGCCCGAGCCAGUGGAGCCCGCCCAACCCAAGCCGGAGCCGAAGCCCCGCUUCUGCAUGCCGUCUUUCACGAAAACCCCGCCGCAGGAUCUAUAUAGGCAGCUGUUGCCUGCCAUGCUGUUCUUGCUCACGUUCGUGACGGUUAUGACCAUGCUGCUAACUUAUAUGGACACUUUUGCGAGAGGAGCCCAGCAGUUCCGUCUGAACAUGAGUCGCGACUACGAGCUAAAGAUCCCUCAGGAGUCCGACUACCUGGUCGCGUACGUGCGCCAAUGGCACCUCGGCCCGCGCCCCAACAAGGAAGUACCGGCGCCCAUCUACACGGACCAGGUUAAAGUCCUGGAUCAGCUGCUUGGAGAGGUGUACAACGGCACAUUCGUCGAAAUCCUCCCCCGUGGACACCGCGACCCUACCACCCUGUUUCUCGAGGUUGAACGGGGUUGGAGUGGACUGGCCGUUCGGGCUGCCCCAAGGGAUCAUUUAGAGCUGGGCGGCUCAGCAAGGACCCUGAACGCCUGUCUUAGCCCCCUCGACCAUCCUAUACAGGUUCCAUUCAACGAAUCGGAUGAACAUGAUACCUUCUUUAGGUCCCGCGUGCUGUGUUUGCCGCUGUACACGGUGCUGCUCGCGGCGGAGGCGACGCGCGCGCACUACGUGCUGCUCGGCGGACCCCCGCACCUACACCACGUGCCCUUCCACAAGGUGCAGCUGCAGGUAAUCGAAUACCGUUCUAACGACGCCGGCGCUCGCAACCAGACAGCGCAGUUCCUUCUCACCAAGAACUACACCGUGGCAGCCACCUUCCCGGAUUCCAUCAUGUUUGCGCUCAACCACUGAGUGAGUUUGUAACUGUCGAAUCGCAUACAUUUGGAAAAACUAACAGUGAAGGUAAAAAGCUAUUAAUGAAAAGGUUUCGUUGAUCUUAUAUGAAAUAGUUUUAGAAGAAACACCAAUUAUCCAUUUGUUUCUGUGUUUGGUGAUGUCUCCUGGGUUACCCUCGAAAACUAUCAUUAAAUGAAUAUUGUCUACUUUAAACGUUGCAGUACCUUACAUGGUCCCUUUAUGUAGCUAUAUCAUAGUUGUCUCCUGGAACACGGAGCGGAAUAGCAAAAAAAAUUGGUCUACAAAAUUCUGCUUAAAUAUUUGUAUGCGAUUCGACGUUAAAAGAAUGUUUUGUGAUCUUUAAUAAUAAUAAAUAGUUAUUAAUCUCAAAUGAUAUGAACUAGACAAGGAACAUUUUCUGUCAAGUGCCUUAGGAUUCAAAUAAGAUGGUUUAUACACAUUUUAAUCAAAUCUGUAACUGCACCCAGCUUCAAAGAUCAAUUGUUACUAAAAGUUUAGCGUGAAACACCGUACGACGCUUGAAAGAUUUAUUUCGAACUGCCUCUUAUGCGUAGUCUAAUUUUUUAAUAAACAUAAACGUCAAAAUUAGAUAUUAGUUGGGUUCGACUUCGACGCUAAAAAGCUCAAAACGUUAUAGAUUAAGUCUCAAUUUCAACUAUCUAUUCUACAGAUUUGCUUAAAAUGUGUAGGUAUGGCACAGUAAAGUAACCAUUUCUGGACCUUACUCUAUACGAAAUAAAGUCUGAAAUGGUCACUUAUGUGUAACAUAAACAUCCAGCAGCUACGUUGCUCAUUGAUACACUGAUUUACUAUAAUCACAUGUUAAGUCACUUUUAUUGAAUGCACAUUCAAAUUAAUUAAAUCGUGGAAAGUAUCAUGGAGUUAUAAGAUUUCAAAUAAUCGCGUUUAAGAGGAAAGGGGACGACGUCACGUGACCGCUUCUCGCGUGACAACCGUCGACAUAAGUUAUUGAAAAUAUUCAUAACUCCAUUAGGAACAGUAUGCGGAGAGGACGGUGAAAAUAUAAUGAAGAGAAAAUUGUCAUUGCCAUUCAUGUUGACAUUUGCCUUGUGUGUCCUUGCCAUAAUAUUUGAACUGAUAAAGUUGACAUGUUAUCAAAUUAUCUUUUGUAUGGAAAUUUGACAAUCUGGUAAUGACUGUCUGUCCAUUUCAAUCGGUGACGUUUAUUUUAUUAGGUGGAUAACGCAAUCCACCAUCCGCCUACUCAUAGGUCACUCUUGCGGCAGAUUAAAUAAAGCAACACCUAAAAUAAUUUAAUUGUGAUAUUCCAUGGUACCUCUAAGAAAAAAAUCUCUUGUCCCCUGGGUCACAAAAUGUCUUAGGAGACAUUCCCUGCUUAAAAUAAACUCAAUUGACGCAAAAGCCGUAUACAUUUUUUAAGAAACUUUUUCGUUCAAAUAUUAUAUAAUAAAGGCGAUAAAGAGAGACAAUAAUGAUUGUUAGGUUGUGUCUGUCUGUCACGGUUUUACUAACAAAAGUUUAAUAAUUGUCAUUUUUGCAAAAGUAUUCAUAAAAUAUUGGCUUAUCUUAGCUAGGAAUUUUGGCACUUGUACACAAUUAAAAAUUUACACGCAUUUUAUUACACGAACUGAUUCGAUGCGUUUUUUAUACAUUAGUAUUAUUUUAUUGUGAAUUUUAGUGACAGUACGCAGUAAAAAAUACAUCAACUUUAUACCCAGAUUGUAUUUCGAUCAAAAACUCUGUCUUAUGUCAAAAUUAGUGACUUAUGUCAUUUUCAGUGUUGUUUUCAUGAAUGUUAUAAAAUUUAUUGGAUGUGAAGUUUGCUUUUAUGCAGUUUGUUUCUAAUAAAAAAAAAUGGUUGAUUUUUGCAACCAAAUCACAAAUCAGAGUAUAGGUUAGGCAAUUUUUACUGUAGCUAUGUUACAUAGGUAAUGUAAUGAAUGAUCAGUAUUGAUUUCCAUCCAUGUCGGUUGUGUGAUUAUCAGACCACAAUGUAUGUUCAGUGCUUUUGGGUGGGUCAACUUUUUUUUGUUCUUCUGUCCCGUUAGCCAGGGGACAAUAGUAGCGUAGUUUCUUAUAAGAAAUGUUAUAUUACGUUUUACUUAUAUUCUAAGGAAAUGACCCAUUGUGGAACGGGAUUAUAAUUCUCAUAAAUAUGUAGGGUGACUGCUAUAGUUAUUAACAAUAAGGCUCCAAUUGUCUUGUUUCUUUCUGAUUUGUUAGGAGUGGCCAAUAUCUACAUAUAUCAGUCACCCUAUGUUUGGUUAUUUUAAAUACCAUGGCAACGAGUGUCUAAAAAAAGUUGAUCGACCCUUUUAUUUUAAGUAUUUCUAUUUUAUUUAAUCCGUGGUUGCUAUUUUAAUUAUUUUAAAUAUUGUGUCAUUCCAAUUAUGCCGAUUCCUCUCUAUUAUUUAAUUUAAAAGACUGAAUAUCGAAUAUUUUGUGUUAAUAUUUGAGCAGUCAGUCUUGGUAACUUUGAAUUUUCAGACACAUUUUAAAUCGCCUCAAUAAUUAAAACUAUCACAGUUCUCAGGACCUAAGAAAGUAAAUAAGUCCGGUUAUUAAAAUAAAAUGACGGUCCAUUUCUACUUAAGUUUAUUAAAUAAGCUAAAAACAAAACAGGUUGGCGGUCCGCCAUUUGGUGACCCCUGGCCUAGUUGCAGUUGGUUUGCAGUCCGUCUGUGCCGGUCCUAAACGUCUAAGGCCCACUUGCACCAUCCCACUAACCCGGGGUUAAGCGGUUAAACCGUUAACCUAGUGUCAAAUUGUAUGGGUAACCAUGGCAACUCCAGGAUUAACCGGUUAACCCCGGGUUAGUGCAUGGUGCAAGUGGCCUUAAGAUACAUAAGACAUGUGUUCAAAGUUACCAAGAUUUACUGGAACAAAGAUCAAUAUUUUUUUACAAUGUUUAAGUGGAUUUAAUGAUUAUUAAUUAUAUAAUUAAUUAAUGAACUCAGAAUAACGAUUAAGUGAUCACGAUGACAAUGAACGGUUUUAUCGAUUAAAUUAUAAUUUUAGUUAAAUUGAUAAUUUUAAGAUUUUUGUGUUAGGCUUAGUUUUAUGCGCUCAAUUUUUCUCAAAUAAAUGGCUUUAAUGAAA